GACUCUUUGUGGAGGCGGGUUUCAGUGUGUCAUGGACUGCAGAUGGGUGCGCACCGUGCAUGGAGUCGGGUGGCCGGUGCGGAUAUAAUCAGAGCCCGCCAGGAUUCAUGUGUUUCUGUGAGGACCGGCCUUAUCCUGACGCAUGUCCUCCACUUGAUACCAGUAUUUUAAUUACAAUUACAAUGGGAGCAAUACUUAUAACAAUAGCAAUUAUUAUGAUGUCCAAAGGAAUAAUUAAAAUGUCCAAAGGAGUAGAGGGCCAGAAUGUUGAGGAGUUCCUUAGGAAUUAUGGAAAUGAAAUGCCCACAAGAUACUCAUACAAGGACAUCAAAAAAAUGACCAACAACUUAAGGGAAAAGUUAGGUCAGGGAGGGUUUGGAAGUGUAUACAAAGGUAAGCUCAUUGACGGGCGCCUCAUUGCUGUAAAGGUGCUAGCAGAGCCAAAGGGUAGUGGUGAAGAAUUUAUUAAUGAAGUUGCAACCAUUGGCCGUAUACACCACAUAAAUGUGGUUCGCCUUCUUGGUUUCUGUGCUGAUGGUUGGAAAAAAGCUCUUAUAUAUGACUUCAUGCCCAAUGGCUCUCUCGAAAGAUUCAUUUUCUUUGACAAACCGCGAAGCCAUUGCCUCCAUUGGGAAACACUGUAUAAAGUAGCACUUGGUACGAGUCGUGGGCUCGAAUAUUUGCACCGUGGUUGUGAAACUCGCAUACUCCAUCUCGAUAUCAAGCCUCAUAACAUUUUGUUGGAUGAAGACUUUUGCCCCAAGAUUUCUGAUUUUGGUCUUGCAAAGCUAUACUCCAAUAAACAAAGUGUAAUAUCACUAACUGGUGCUCGAGGAACGAUUGGUUACAUGGCUCCUGAAGUAUAUUCAAGAUCAUUUGGGGUUGUUUCACAUAAAUCCGAUGUGUAUAGCUUUGGAAUGUUGCUCUUGGAAAUGGUUGGUGGGAGAAAAAAUUUUGAUCAACAAGCUAAUUCUAGUGAAGUAUACUUUCCAGAUUGGGUGUAUUCUCGCCUUGAAUGUGGAGGAGAUCUUGAAGUGGGAGAUAUCAAAGGAGAGGAAGAAGAAAUGGCAAAAAGGAUGAUGGUAGUUGGUCUUUGGUGCAUACAAAUCAACCCAACGGACCGUCCAAGUAUAACCAAGGUGGUUGAAAUGCUUGAUGGUAACUCGCAAACUUUAGUUUUGCCUCCUAAGCCUUCAUUCUCUUCUCCAAAGAAGAGAUCUUCCCUCGAGUCAGAUUCUGGCCAUACAGAAAUGUCCAUAUUGUGAUAAAGGCGUAAUAAUCCUUGGAGGUGAACAAUAAUGUUAUG